AUGGCUGCGUGCAAGUUUCUGUGGGGUGUGUUGUUUGCAAUCCUCCCUGCAUAUACCGUCUCUGGUGCCGCUGUCUCCAACUCCAAGUCACACGAAAGAGAUCUUCAGAAUAAUAGCUGGCACAGAUAUAUUCGAUCGCCAAGUAGUGACCUCGUCAAGCCUCAAAGCAUUCCCUCCGCCAACAUCACUGGAAAUGUUACCAAUCCCAAUGGGUUGUUGACUGCUGAUAGUCCACCUACAAUUUUGACUCGCAAGGAAGAAGAUACCGAUAUUCCUUCUCUUGUCAUUGAUUUCGGUCAGAAUGUUGUUGGCAUCGUUUCAAUCAACUUCGCUGGGUCAUACAAUUCAUCCGAAGGAUUUCCAGGACUGAAGCUGGCCUUCUCGGAGACUCAGCAAUAUCUGACCAAUGUCAGUGACUUUACUAGAUCUGAUAACAUGGGUGCAGGCCAAAAACUUACAAAUGGAACUGACCAGGUAAGAGGAUAUACCGAAACUCCUGGGAAAACAUGCUCACUCGUAUGCUCAGACGGUCUUCAUGGUUUCCGCUACAUGAGAAUUUGGCUCGACGCUGUUGAAGGCGACGCUCCUUAUACUCAAGCAUAUGGAGCCGUGUCAAUAUCGAGCAUUGAACUAAAAUGGUCUGCAUACCUGGGAACGCCUGAUACUUACACCGGAUGGUUUGAAUGUUCCGACGAGGAUCUCACUCAAUGGUGGUAUGAUAGUGUCUACACCACCGACAUGGAUACCUAUACAUUCCUUGCCAAUGAAACAGAUCCUCGAAACUCAGCAUCGCCCACUCUGCAAGGGAAGGAGGUUAUCUUUGAUGGUGCUAAGCGAGAUAGAGAUCCCUAUGUGGGUGACCUGGUUGUGGCAGCUCUCACCUCAUACCUAUCGCACGAUAAUCCGGAUGCAACUCGCAAUAUUCUCGCUGAUUUGGCUGAUCAUCAACGUUCGGAUGGGUGGAUACCACCUGCCAGCAUAAACAACUACACGCUUGAUUUAUAUGACUAUCCUAUGUGGUGGGUCAUAUGCACAGCAGAUCUAGUUAUGUACACUGGCGAUACAGACUUUGCUACCAAGUAUUACGACGUGAUGAAAAAGACACUCGACAAUUACUACGGGCAAACCCUCACGUCAAACGGUGGCCUUCUCAACAAGACAAACGGGUACGGUGACUACGCUUUUCUUCCUCGAUCGGGCGUCAUUACCUAUUAUAAUGCGCUGUACAUUCACGCCCUUCAAUCAGCAGCUCAGCUCGCCAAUAUUCUCAACCACCCCGAAGACAGUCGCAUCUGGACCUCUCGAGCGUCCGCAGUCAGUGACAAGCUCCUCGCCCGCAACUGGGAUUCUGCUGUUGGGGCAUUCUUUGAUGGAGGUCCAUGCCCCAACGAUGCAGCAGAUACAAUCUGCAACGUCCAUGCACAAGAUGGAAAUGGCCUAGCAGUAUUAUCUGGAUCGGUCAAUUCCUCUUUAGCCAACAGUGCCCUCGACUACUACGGUAACGCUGCAUCUCGGCCUUACGGAAACGCCUUCUACGAUAAUGACCUUCUAUCAGAAGGGUUUUCCGAGCGCGUAUAUGCAUUUAUCUCAUACUUUGAGCUUGCAGCACGCUUUGCCAUACCAGGAGCAUCGGGCUCAGCUAUCGAGGAAAUCAAAAGAUUGUACGGCUGGAUGUCUACUCACGAUCCGGAGGUGACAUUCUGGGAAGGAAUCGGUGCCAACGGAUCACCUUACGAGGAAGGAUUCACUUCCAUGGCUCAUGGGUGGUCUACAGGUAUCGUUCCACUUAUGAGUAAUUAUAUGCUUGGCGUAAGGCCCACCGGUCCUGGAUUUAAGACCUGGCAAAUUUGUCCUGUUGUUGAUGCAGGUGAUCUUACUUGGGCUCGCGGAGAGGUCGGGACCCCACAGGGUCCUAUUCAGGUUUCCUGGAGCAAAAGUGACAAUGGGACUUUUGAGAUCCAUAUCGAAGCACCGGAGGAUUCAAGUGGCGUUGUUUGUGUGCCCACCACUGGAUUCAACAGUACUCGGGUCUUGAUGGAUGGGAAGCAAGUGAGACAGACAGCGAAUGCUUCAAUUCUUGGUCCAAUCGCAACUUCUGGUGAUGGGUAUGAGUUGGUUCAAACCGGUGGUGGCUCUCAUACUAUUGUGGUUGGAGUAUAG